CUCUAGGCUACUGUGGGAAACAGACGCUUGAGUUCGUUUGUUCAUCGGCAAAUAUUUGGAUUCUGUUUCGUUGAUAAAAUAACUUUUCAAAUCCACGCUUUGAUCUUGAAUUGACUCUUUACUCUAAACCGAACUCGUCGGACAUCAUCAGAAACAAGUAGGGGCGUCCAGCUGACAUCCAUAGAGCAGACUUGUGUUUUCAUCGGACUGAUUUCGCCAUGUCCUCCGCAGAUGUGUCGGAGCACAGCCGGCGCUGUUGUGUUUUGUCGUGGGAGCAGGUGCAGCGUCUGGACUCCAUCCUGGGAGAGUGUGUCCCGAUCCACGGGCGAGGAAACUUCCCUACACUCUCCAUUCAGCCGCGACAUAUCGUACAGGUGGUGCGGGCUCGUCUAGAAGAGCGAGGUGUAGUGGUGCGUGAUGUGAAGCUGAAUGGCUCUGCUGCCAGUUAUGUGCUCCAUCAGGACACUGGCCUGGGCUACAAAGACCUGGACCUGAUCUUUGGUCUGAGUCUGACCGAUGACAAGACCUUCCGUCUGGUAAAGGAUGUGGUACUGGACAGCCUCCUGGAGUUCCUGCCCCCCGGCGUGAGCCGGGACCGCAUCACUGCCCUGACCUUAAAGGAAGUGUACGUGCAGAAGCUGGUGAAGGUUUGCAAUGACACAGACCGCUGGAGCCUCAUCUCACUUUCCAACAACACUGGCAAAAAUGUGGAGCUGAAGUUUGUGGACUCCCUGCGACGGCAGUUUGAGUUCAGCGUGGAUUCUUUUCAGAUCGGCUUGGACUCGCUGCUGCUAUUCGACCGCUGCUCCGAGACGCCCAUGUCCGAGAGUUUCCAUCCCACUGUGCUCGGAGAGAGCAUGUACGGAAACUUUGAAGAAGCGCUAGGACACCUACAUGCCAAAAUCAUCGCUACGCACAGCCCGGAAGAAAUCCGUGGAGGUGGGCUCUUGAAGUACUGCCACUUGCUGGUAAGAGGCUUCCGUCCAGCCUCCGAGGCACAGAUGAAGACGCUACAGCGCUACAUGUGCUCACGCUUUUUCAUCGACUUCUCUGACAUCAAUGAGCAGCAGAGGAAGCUGGAGGCGUACCUGCAGAACCACUUUAACGGCAUGGAGCACAAGCGUUACGAUUGCCUCGUGACUCUCCAUCACGUGGUAGAUGAAAGCACCGUAUGUCUCAUGGGCCAUGAGCGGAGACAGACACUCGCGCUCAUCUCCUCUUUGGCACUACGCGUGCUGGCUGAACAGAACGCAAUCCCUGCACUGUCUAAUGUAACAUGUUACUACCAACCAGCUCCCUAUGUCAGAGACGUCAACUUCAGCAACUACUAUAUAGCACAUGUGCAUUCACCCAUUUCCACCUGUAACAGCUCCUAUCAAACAUGGCUGCCUUGUAGCUGAGCCAGGAAGGGACAAAAACACUUCUGGGGCAUAUUUGCAGUCUUCAGAUUGUUGUUAGAUUUCACCUCAAUAUCAAGAGAAAAAAAGAGUAUAUUUUGCAUAAAGAAAUUCUAAUUUCUCAGUUGUAAUUUUCAUUAU